GCGGGCCCUGGGGACGAGGCUGCUGGACUUCGGUGUGUUGUUGUUGUUCGUCCUUCGUAGUCUUGUUUACAGUUUACAUGGUUGACAAUUAAAGAGUUUUAACCGGAUUAGAUGUACCAUACAGCUCAAAAAGACGUGGAUAAACUGUUAUUAAGUGCUAUAAACUCCAAAUGGAAGGUUCUGAAUCUUAGUCAUCGCGAUCUGACCGUACUUCCCGAUUCUUUGAAGAAACUUGUCAGAGUGAGAACUUUGUUGUUGAAUGACAACAGAAUUAUUAUGCCUCCAAUGGAACUUGUUUCGCUCAAAAACCUUCAGGUUUUGGCGUUGGAUCAUAAUCAGUUGACCUUGAUACCGUCAGGAUUCCGGCAGCUAUCAAACUUGAGGAUUUUGUGUUUGAGUCACAAUAACCUAGGGUUUUUACCGUCAGAAAUUGGAGAAUUGACUUUUCUUCAAGAGUUGUGGAUUGUCAACAUUCAGCUCAUAGGAUUGCCUCCUGAAAUUUGCAAUCUUCUGAACCUGGAAAAGCUUGGUGCAGGAUGCAACAGUAUUAAAACACUACCGGAGAAGUUCUCAGCUCUAAAGUCCUUGAAAUGGCUCAGCUUAUCAAACAAUCAACUUUCAACUUUACCAAGUGAUUUUCAUUGCCUCAUCAACUUGAUACAUUUGGAUCUGGCAGAAAAUCAAUUCGGCAAGUUUCCAGAAGGCUUGAGUGGUUUGCACAAACUGGAAUGCAUAAACCUGCGUUCAAACAUGAUUCAAUCUUUGGACAGCAAUUCAGUUAGUAACUUGCCUCACUUGAGUCGUGUAGACUUGAGAGACAACAUUUUGACAUUACUUCCAAGAAAUUUAGAUCGCUUACACAUAUUUUUCAUUGGAGAAAGACAAAUUUUCAGAGACAUUGAUGACCAGAGCAUGCAAAAAGUUAAUGAAGUCAGGAAGAAACAGAAGUUGUCAAAAAUGUACCAUACAGCUCAAAAAGACGUGGAUAAACUGUUAUUAAGUGCUAUAAACUCCAAAUGGAAGGUUCUGAAUCUUAGUCAUCGCGAUCUGACCGUACUUCCCGAUUCUUUGAAGAAACUUGUCAGAGUGAGAACUUUGUUGUUGAAUGACAACAGAAUUAUUAUGCCUCCAAUGGAACUUGUUUCGCUCAAAAACCUUCAGGUUUUGGCGUUGGAUCAUAAUCAGUUGACCUUGAUACCGUCAGGAUUCCGGCAGCUAUCAAACUUGAGGAUUUUGUGUUUGAGUCACAAUAACCUAGGGUUUUUACCGUCAGAAAUUGGAGAAUUGACUUUUCUUCAAGAGUUGUGGAUUGUCAACAUUCAGCUCAUAGGAUUGCCUCCUGAAAUUUGCAAUCUUCUGAACCUGGAAAAGCUUGGUGCAGGAUGCAACAGUAUUAAAACACUACCGGAGAAGUUCUCAGCUCUAAAGUCCUUGAAAUGGCUCAGCUUAUCAAACAAUCAACUUUCAACUUUACCAAGUGAUUUUCAUUGCCUCAUCAACUUGAUACAUUUGGAUCUGGCAGAAAAUCAAUUCGGCAAGUUUCCAGAAGGCUUGAGUGGUUUGCACAAACUGGAAUGCAUAAACCUGCGUUCAAACAUGAUUCAAUCUUUGGACAGCAAUUCAGUUAGUAACUUGCCUCACUUGAGUCGUGUAGACUUGAGAGACAACAUUUUGACAUUACUUCCAAGAAAUUUAGAUCGCUUACACAUAUUUUUCAUUGGAGAAAGACAAAUUUUCAGAGACAUUGAUGACCAGAGCAUGCAAAAAGUUAAUGAAGUCAGGAAGAAACAGAAGUUGUCAAAAAAAUAGAUUAUCUUGAUCAGGGUAGUGGGCAAUAUUAAACUGGUGUUAAUCCUGUUUACUAAAAAUAUUCAAACUUUUCUGGUCAUUCCCGUAUUUAUUAAAAUUAAAUAUUCUGCAUCACAUACUUUUGACCCUGACUUGCUAUUUCCCAUUGCAUAAGCCUCUUAAUUUCACCUUGGCUUUAUCUAGUCUGGGUCACAGGUAGGCUAGCCUACAAGAGGUGGAACUACAGUACUGUACGUCUGUGUUCGCAAGCCACAGGCCCACUUGAUUUCCAGCUGUUUUGGGAGUCUGGUUGUGAUCCUCCGACCAACCAAGGAGGUGGGCUUACAAAACGGCUGGAAAUCUAGCCUAAAUAAAGUGAUGAAUUCAUCAAUCUGCUUUUUUUUUCUAAUUUAGUUUUUGAAGACUGUCUUUAUAAUUCUAAUUUUGUUCCGAUUGGAUGGACUAUAUUUGAGUCCUACAUCAGAAAUGUGAGAAAUCUAUUUUAAUGAGCUCCUGAUUCUGCCUAGAUAUAGCGUACGAUCAUGCAAAUGCUGCCUAGGAGAAAUUAGUGCAAACUUGGUUAAAAAAAUAUAUUUCAGAAAUGUUGCAAACUUACAAGUUGGACUGAUCAUGAAGGCAAGGCUCUAUUUGACCUGAAAGUGAGGCUCCAUAAGACACCCCUCACUCUUGAGGCCCUGUUAGCGUAAAUGCUGACAUGCGACAUGGCUCUGAAACGAUGACAUGAAGGAGCUGAAAUGACCACGAAUGAGAAGUCAAACAUGUCACAUAAGGAUUGAAAAGUACAUUUUCUGAGUCUAUUCUCUCUGCAUUGCAUUGUCGCACUUUGC